UACCAGGGGCAGCAACCCACCUGCCUGCCCCUACACUGCCCCUUCCAGCAUACGUCCCCUCUGUCUGGCCGCCCCCCCUCGUAGCCUCGCAUUUGACCACUUGCUAUCACAGCCGAUACGCGAGCUCAAACACGGGUUUCAUGGACGGCCAGUGACCGGCCACGCACCUCGAUUCCUCGUGUUCGGAUACAGCCGAAACCUGUGGUUCAAUCCAUCACCUUGAUUUCCCGAGGUACUCAGUGGUCUAUUGAGGUUCGCGUAUUCUCCGACCUUACUUCUUCUCGAGGCCACUCUCUAAACCUCUCGGAAGUAGAUUGCCGUUAUGGCAACUCCCCCCGGCUCCCCUCUCACCCACCCCGCCACCUCCCCCAUCCGCGAAGCCCCGUUUUCUUCCGCCCACCUGUCCUUCGGGGCGCAGCCGCCCCAGACCGCCCUGCCACUAUGCGCAGAGUUGUCUUCCCCCUUCGCCGCAGGAACGUUCCCCGGCUCGCCAGACCCCGCACCGCCUGAGCCUCUAGUAUUGCCAUCAGCGACAGCGGACCCUGCAAACUUCCAGUUUGCUCCUCCAAAGCUUGCCGUCUCCCCCACCUCCCCCUCUCCAUCCUCUCCACUCACCUCCGUGGUCCCUCCUCCCUUACCCCCUCUCUCUCCUGCAUUAAUGCAAGGCUCCGUUUUCUCCUCAACCCCACUCACCACCACCGGCGCUGCUGCUGCCCCUGUCUUUCCUUCCGCUCCUUCUGACACUGCUCUUGUAACCCCCAGCGUUGCUUCUGCCGGUAUUCCUGUUUCAAGCAACGGCAGCGUCUUUACCCCCAUAGCUGCUGCUGCUGCUGCUGCUGCUGCUGCUCCUACCUCUCCCUUCCUCCCCCAAGGCACAAGCCUAAUGGACACCACGAGCUCCGCAUCCCCACCAGCACCACUGCCACCAAUGGCGCAGCUCUCCGCACAGCAAGCAGACAAUGCGAAGGCCAUUGUGCUCUACUCCCCUCCGGCCAUCCCUGCACUGGCCACCCUGGCCGCUGGCACUGGAAUCGGGGCUGGCAUUGGCAUGGGCGGUGGUGCUGGAGCUGGGAGAAGCGCGGAGAGGGAAGCCGUGGCAGCAGCAACGGCGCUUGCAGCACGGGCAGCGGUGCAGCAGUGGCCGGUGGAGAAGCUGAAGGUGGCAUGGAUGGGGGCCAGCCCCAUGGAGAGACGGGUGCUUGGCGGCAUGAUGAGCGCUCUGCUGCAGGGCCAGCCCAUUCAGAUUCUAGGAGGGAGCAAGCUGCUGGAAGCCCUUCAGCUGCGUCCACCUGCCGACGUUGGCAGUGGGCAGGAAGCAGCCGCAGAGGCAGAGGCAGAGGCGCAGGCAGAGGCAGGAGAGGAGGUGGAGGUGGAGGAUGAGGUGGAGCAGGCAGAGCAGCAAGCUGACUCGCUCAUGGCAACAGCAGAUGGCAUGAGUAUGGAGCAGCAGGCAGUGAGCAGCAAUGCGCUUGAGGGAAGUACUGGGGAGGACGUGGAGAUGGCAGAGUAGGGCACAGCACAGAGUUAGGUGGCAUCAAAGCACACCACAGUUACGAUUGUCAGCUGCUAGAGUCUGGCUGCUCGUACAAUCCUCGUUGCAGCCGUGUCCAUUCUUGUGUUGGGAUGGGAUAUUACCAGGCAGGCACACUCCUGGUACCGAUAUUUGGCAGAGUGCUGCAUAAGGGUUAUUCGUUCCUGCUGCUAGCACACUUCUGGUGUGCUACAGCCAUAAACCCUUGGAGCAGCC